AUGAACUAUAACCUCCAAUCUAUAAUGCUAGAUUUGAAAAAGGGGACAGAUGCACAGGACCAUGCAAUGGCGGAGCACAUAUAUAUACAUACCUAUAAUAUACAAUGUUGCACUGAUUGUUAUGACCUGUUCUUUUUCUUCAUUCUGUCUCCCUUUAUCACCUCAUCGCACAAUUGGGUAGUCGAUAUUGCCUCAAUAACGCGUGCAGUGGAUGGUUUGGAGGUCUUCCCGAUGUCGAUGCUGCAGCUGCAAGAGACGCGAGUGGCUCAGCUCUUGCAGACUAUCCGACAUCAGGUUGGGAACCCCCUCCAAAAGCGCAUCCGAAGCGUUAUCAAGGCCUGGCAGAAACUCCUCGAACCGGGCUCCGCCUGUGCCACUGUCAUUCCACUCCAGCGUAACCUUAACAACAGUAAUAACAACGGUUCCACUGCAGCAAAACUUUCUUCCUCGACGCCAAACAUCACUAAUUCCUCUCCCUCCACCCAAAGCUCAAACGGCCGCUCUAAAAUCCCCAGAAAUCAGUCCACUACCAAUCAUCAGCAGCACCAAGAGCCUCCCACAAAAACUCCCGAUCGGAAAAAGAUUUCCCUUACCACCGCCCUUCCUAACGGCUGCUCUCCAAAACCACUACCCUCUCUGAACGGUCGCGUCUCUGCCGUAAUCUCAGAUGUGCCAAAACUCGCCAAGGUUAAGUCGACUGCAGAACUGGUUCAGGAGGCUGGUGGCUGCAUUGAUUCCGUUACCAAGGAUCGGAUUCUCAGCAACCGCAUUGCCAAAGAGUCCGACGAGUUCCCACGCCUUGUCCCGCUGGCUGCUAUGCGGUCCUCCCGCAAGGCCAAACAUCCGCCUACAACGCUCCCACCGUCCGUGCACCAUCAGCAAAAGUCGGUUGCAAGGACUUUGGAUCGUACCUUACCUCCUCCUCCACCGCCGCCUCCACCUCCUGUUAUACAGUCCUCACCACAACGCACUGCCUCUAUUCCUCCAGCAAAGUCGGAGAUGAUUGCAAAGUUCCUUGAACAUGCUCCGACGCGAAUGGAGUCUCCACGUGAGACUCGUUCCAUACCCUCUGAUCAUAAUCACCGCCACCAUCACCACCACCACAAGGAGAAACGUAAGCAUGGAAAGCGUCGAAGAGAGAACAAAGAAGACGGCGGAGAAGAAGAGGAUGAUACAAUGACAGAGCCGAAGCAACCUCCAGUCGCCAAUUAUAUAGAUGAUUGGCCGACAUUGUCGCCCCUAACGGAGGAAGUGAUGCGAGAAGCAGCAGAGACGUGGCUCAGGGACUACCACUCGGGUCGGACGCCGAGUCAGACGGAGUUGGAGGAUGUUGGACAUGUGACCGACCUGCUUCAGGGCACUUGGGAGGAGGUGAGCGCUAGCCGCGGUGACAAUGGCUGUCUGGAACCCAUGACUGCGCUCUACUCUGUCGAUAUGGGUGACGAUCAGCUAGUGCAUAUUCUGCCCUGGGCCAACCUCGGCGACUAUAAACAGACCUUCUUUCCACCGGGAACUACAACGGCCAGCGAUAUGGACCGACUGAUUGAUCUUCCGGAGCCGUGCUAUUGCGAGAAUGAUGCAACGCGCGUACCCUUCCUCUUCCGCGCUCUUUUCUGA